GCACGGGAAAAUUUGAAAAUUCAAUUGCCACUUCCUGCUUCCCUCCCAAAGCGCAUGUUCCACUUCUCUUCCUUCCUUCCAUCUCAAAGCAAGUUCUGUUCACUCCAUUGGUUGUUCCAUUUCUCUUCCGUUCCGCAGAUGGCAACGCGCCGCACAACCAACACUUACGAAGAGGCUAGAAAACUGAGACUUGAAGAAAAUAAAAAGAGAUUUGAGGACUUGGGAAUUUUAAGGAUUUCAAAAAAUUUGACCGAGAUCACAAGGUCUGGAAAGAAGACACAGCAUCAUGUUUCUAAACCGAAAUCAAAGAAGACAAAUCCUGAAGUGGAACUUAGACGAUCUUCACGUGUUCGGAACCCAGUUCCUUCGUACACGGAAGAUGUGAACGUACAUCUUCCAGCUUCGCGGAAGAGGUCAAGAUCAAAUUCUUCAACAUGGGGAAGUUACAAUGUGAGACCUUUAGAUGAAAUCAAAGAAGCUUCAGAAGAGGAAAGACGUUGUGCUCUGGAGGCUGCAGAAGAACUCCAAACCGAUUUGAACUCUUCAAAUCCUUGUUUUAUCAAGUCAAUGGUUCGGUCUCAUGUUUAUAGCUGCUUUUGGUUGGGCCUUCCUUCCAAGUUUUGUGAGGAACAUCUUCCAAAAACUGUACAUAACAUGGUUUUAGAAGAUGAAAAGGGCUCAGAAUACCAGGCUGUUUACAUAGGCAACAGAGCUGGAUUAAGCGGUGGCUGGAGAGCAUUUGCGUUGGAUCAUAAACUGGAUGAUGGAGAUGCCCUUGUUUUUGAAUUGGUUGAAGCUUCGAGAUUUAAGAUUUAUAUUGUUAGAGCAUUUCCAGAUCUAGUUGAAGAGAAGGGAAAUGAUGUUUUAGUUGAAGAAGGAAAUACGCAUGCAACCAAAGUACCAAAAGCUAAAUGUAACCUUAAGUCAGAUAAGACUAAAAAGCCAAGACAAGCAGCAGCAUAUGAAACUAAUGAAUCAGAGAGUUCUCAAGAGCAUAUUGACAAAGAAGUCAACCCACAAGGUGUAAAUCCAACCAAGCAAACUAAAAUCUCGAAGAGAAAAACACAAAAGAAAUCUAUGCCUCUAGCUACUGCAGAUUUGAAAGGGGAAGUGCAAAUGAAAACUGAGAAACCAAGAGUGUCUCUAGAGCUGUCAAACAAGACAAUGAAGUCAAGGGGUAUCAAUGAAAUUGACGAUUCAGGCGAGUUAGAAAAGAAAAGUUUUGUUCAUGAUGCUGAUGACAAGUUAGAAAAGGUUGAAGAAGCAAGCAAAUGUGUGACACGGAAUGCUAGAAAAAAGCCAGCACCAAAGUAUUUCAGAAAGAAAGCAUGAUGUUGGAGCUAAUGACUUAUAAAAAAUUGAUAUAAAAAGCGGAUAUGCAUGGAGUGUAUCAUUAACACUUCUAUUGUAUGUUUGUAUUUUUCUCCUGUUAGAUUGCAAUCUUGACCCUUCCAUUUAUGAAUACUGCAAGAUGAUGGAA